UUGAACGUGGAGCUUCGUGGCGUUCAUGCAAUGACCUAAAGUUGACAGAUUAACCUCGUAGGAUUUUUCAUUUUAUUAGUAGUAGUCGUUUGGGAAGCUGUUCCUUGUUUUUGAAAUAUUUUCUGAAAUAUAACACAAACAAAAAUGAUUAAGUCUACUAUUUACUUAAUUUUUGUAUUACUUGCUGCCGUAUGUGGUGAGAGUGAGGAGGAAAGUGGUCCAAAACUCUUAGUUUCCAAGCAAAUUCUCAACAAGUACCUAGUAGAAACAAAGGAUAUAGAAAUAAAAUACUCAAUAUACAACAUAGGAAAUGCUGCUGCUGUAGCAGUUACACUAACUGAUAAUGCUUUCCAUCCAGAUGUAUUUGAUGUAGCUGGCGGUCAUCUAUUUGCAGAAUUCUCUAGAAUACCUCCGCAAUCUAAUGUAUCCCAUGUAGUUGUAGUAAGGCCUAAGAGCUAUGGUUAUUUCAAUUUUACCAGUGCUGAAGUCAGAUAUAAGUCUUCAGAAGAUGCUUCCACUGUUCAAAUUUCCCACAGCAGUGAACCUGGAGAAGGUGGCAUCAUUGCUUUCAGGGAUUAUGACAAGAAAUUCUCUUCUCACUGCUGGGACUGGUUAGCUUUUGCUUUAAUGACAACACCAUCUUUGGUUAUACCACUUGCAUUAUGGUACAGCAGCAAGAGUAAAUACGAAAAAUUGGCCAAAACGAACAAGAAGCAGCACUGACCUACUAGUUGUCAGAUAGACAAUAUUUGCAAUUCAAUUAUUUUGAAUUUGUACAUUUUUCCCGUUUUUCAUUCAGUUUAAGUUAUUUCUAAUUGUAAUUUAUACAAGAAAUGUUCAAAUUUUAUACUUCAAAGAAUAUAAGUAAAUUGGAACAAG